CAGUAACCGGAGGAGAUGUAACUACCACUGGAGCAGCCGGAGGAGCAGUAACCAACACUGCGGCAAUGAGUGUUAUUGCAGCUACUACGACAGGAAUUGGAGGAGGGGUAACAGCCUCAACAGUUGGAGGAGGUGGGGCAACAACCUCAGCAGUUGGAACAAGUGAGGCAGCAACCUCAGCAGUUGGAGGAGGAGAAACUACAUCGGCAGUAGAUGGAAGAGAAGUAUCUCCGACAAGCACGCAAACAGCACCACCUACAACUAGUGUUUAUGUGGACAAAAGACCAGGUGCAUCAGUAUCACUGAGCCUGAAUAUCACAAUUGAUUGUUCUGGCGCCAUCUCGGUCACUUUAAACGCGACCAUAAUAACUACUCUUCUCAAACUAUAUAAUAGUGCAGGAUUCAGACUCGGUGGAGUGGAAGCUAAAAACGUUAUCUGCGACACUAUGUUUCAUGGGACAUAUAUGCUGUCAUUUUACGUUGGAGGACCCUCUAACUUAACGAUCGAAAAAGUAUUUGAGAAUGGACUUCAACAAGGCGUUUUCGGCAAUAAUAUAAAAGCAGAGAACACGGAAUCCACUUUCGAGUUUCAAGGAGUUGUCAUUGAAGUAAAGCCCAAAUCUGGAGAGUGCGAAAGAGUCUGCUGUGAUGGACAAGGCGGGGAAAUGACUGUAGAGAGAGUAUGCACACCUUCCGACAAAUGUCACGGUUUUGACACCUCAGACAAGGAAGAUAAAGGAUAUUGUCCAGGGGAGACUAAUGCUUAUUGCGAAUGCAGUAAAGGGUUGCAGGAUUUGCCAAGUUUCGCUUUAAUCACUGUACUGGGACUCGCAUCAUUGAUGAAGUCUCUAUUCUCAUCGUAACUGCGCAUGCUUAACGGAAACGAACUACUCCCUGUGAGAGCAUACGACUCCAGUUUUGAAGCACGACUAUGACACCUCAUAACGGUGGGAGAUUCUUACCACGGACAAUAGACCUAUUUU